GCACUCACGGGUUUUAGAAGUGUUUUCUAUGUAUAAACCGUAUUACCUGAUUAUUAACCAUUUUAAACACUGGUUUCAUUUGUACAAUCUCAGUCUCACCUUGACUGACAAAUAUACAUUACAUUAAGAUUUGUUUUUUAUUUCUAAUUUAAUAACAUAAUAUCACCAGUUCUUAUAUCUCAAAUAUGAAUCUUAAAUGUUAAACCGAAAUAUAUCUGAGGGUAUAAAUGAGUAGCGUAUUGCUCAGUAACAGUAUGUGCUGACGAGGACAUUGUCAAGCUAGCGAAAAGUAAAUAAUAACGUGUUUCCGGUCUAAAAUGUAACCUAUAACUUCUAAAACAGAGCAAGCGUGAAAACAGUUGCAGUCAAAAAAUCAGUCGACGCCAAAUGUAAGUUAGUAAUACGACUCAAAGACACGAGUUGCACAUUCUCAGGUUUGAACUCGUCUGCUAUUUAGUCAAAAUCCCAUAUCCUUUAGCUUCCCCGCUUUUAUUGUGAAAGUCGCAUUUGAGCAUUUCCGGUCCGUGAGAGAAACUCUGUGCGGACUUGACGUAGCUGGUAAAGCGGUGACCGCAGCGCAGAGAAGUGAAGUUGAGCAUCCUGCAGGUAACGUCCGCCCACAGCUGCUGUCUUCUGUCAUCACCGACGCGUCCACGGACACGCGAGCAUCGGCCUGUCUGUCUCACUGUGACAGAGGCGAUUUUUAUUGUCCACAGACGGGUUUUGUUUUCCUCCCAGACGCGGUUUGAGCAGAGGGCAAACAGUGUUUCUGCUGUGAAAGAGCUGGUCCUUUCUCCCAUUACAUCAUCAUUUUGUGCAUCCCUGCUCUGCCUGUUCCCGCUCAUUCACUACAAGAGGACAACACCACCUGCUACUAGAUCUUCAUAUUAAGAGGACAGAAGAAUCAUCUUCCAGUGAUUCAACUGCGCAACGAAGUGUGUGACUGGCUGACAACGUCAUGAUGGGACCCAUUAGGUCUGCAUGGCUGAAGACCUCCUCCACAGCGCAUGACAUAUCACAGCUGUAUUGUUUGUGGCAUUCUUUGUGCAUUUAGUGGUAUCAUCCUGCUGUUAAACAAUAACUGUAUAGCAGCACAAAUCGGAAUUAUGAGGUCUGAACGUCAGCUAAAGUGGAUAUAGUUUGACACAAUUCCUUCAUAUAUAUAUAACUGUCCACUUGUCUAUCUGAGGCUGUCCUUCCAUUAUAUGGAGAACUUGCAUAGUCAUCUGACGACUGGGGAGCAGCCCGGAGGUCAAGAACAUUGUCAAACAGAAUCUCCUCCCAAAGGCCUGCGUUCUAAGUCUCCCUCCCAGUCCCGUCGGCAACAACGAACUAGCUCCCCAAAGCCACAUGGCACGCCACAGCAACACAAACAAUCUAAACGGCAGCAUCCGGAACGGAGGUGUGUCAGCCAUCAGCGGCAGAGCAACGACUUGGAUACAGUGCCAGAGCAGAAGCAUGAAGCAUCAACAGAACCUAAGGCUACUUUGUCACCAGGUCUCCCACCAUCCUCAGCAGGUGAUCCGACCCAGUCUAAAUUACAAAGCCAAGAGAGCACCCCUAAACAGAAACGGGAGCGUAAGCCUCAGAGACCGGGAAAAUAUGUCUGCACUUACUGUGGCCGUGCAUGUGCAAAACCUAGUGUCCUUCAGAAACACAUUCGCUCCCACACGGGAGAAAGGCCCUAUCCCUGUGCCCCAUGUGGCUUCUCCUUUAAGACCAAGAGUAACCUGUACAAACACCGUAAAUCACAUACCCACAGGGUGAAGGCAGGCCUGGCACUUGGGGAGCCAAGAACUUUAGAGGAGCAAGUGACUGAGUCAGAAGAUGAAAGCAGACAGCUAUCAUCCACCUCCACUCUUACAGAAAGACAGAGCAGUGUUGCCUCACUAAAGUGUCAUGAAACAGGAAGAGCCAAAGAUGGCUCAACAGGAGAUGAUGACUCCUAUGCAGUGAAAAAGAGAUUGGCCCUGCGAUUAAGCAGAGGAAAACAGGGUCUUCAGGAUUCAUCUGAUGAAAAGACCUCAUCUCUCACUUUAGGCAGUAAAGGCAGUACAGAAUCUGGUUACUUCUCUCGCUCUGAGAGUACUGAGCAGUCCCAGGACAGUCCCCCAAACACAAGUGCCAAAAGCUAUGCAGAGAUCAUCCUUGGCAAAUAUGGACGCCUUGGACAACUACAGAGGAUAUCUCGUCAUAACCAGCAGCCCUCUGGUGAGAAGGACAAAGGUGUCCCAUUCACAGUGCCCAAAAAGCAGGUCAUUGACCACAUCACCAAACUCAUUACCAUCAAUGAGGCAGUAGUGGACACGAGCAAACUUGACAGUGUAAAACCGAGGAGAUUCUCACUCUCCAGAAAGAACAGUUCAGAGACUCAAAAGGCUUCAUCUGUGAAAGAAUCACUUAUUCAUAGUCCUGAAGCAGGAGACCUGGGCUACAAAAACAGUGGCUCCAUCACAAUGGGAGUUCCGUGUGAAAAAUUUCAUCAUCAGUCUUUAAAUGUGAAGCAGCCAGCUGGCCAAACAUCCACUGCUCCUCUGGUGAGGAGUCACUCUAUGCCAACUGCAGCUAGUUCAUUUGAUGCCUCCAGUGGUGGCCCCAGUAAAUUCCGCCAAAGUCAAUCUUUUGAUGAACGGCAGCCUUCCCGCCGUUACGGGAUGCUGAGGCGACAGCCUGCUAUUGAAAUCCCACUUGGUGCUGAAUUUACAAAAGAGGAGCAUGAGGUUACUCAUUCAUUUUACCCUGACAGUGUAACCACUGUGCCUGACCACAAGCCAAAUGAACCCCAGCCAUACGAGUGUGACUCAUGUGGCACUGCAUGCAAAGAUUGGGAAGGUUAUAAGAAACACAAGAAAAGCCUGUGCUUAGCACAUUGCCCCAGAAAUGAGAUGGUUAUUAGUCAAAUGGAGAUUUCACAGUUACUCAACCAUGCAGGCAGAGCAGGAGCACCAGUUGUGCGCAAGAGGAGGAAAGAGGAGAGUUUUGAGUUGGAUGACCCCGCCUCUCCUUCAUUACUCUCCACUGCCCUCUUGUCUGGACAGUGCAAAGGUGACAGCAGUGUGGCUCAUGAGGACCCUAGAAGAUCUACUCUGCAAACCUUUUCAGUAAUUCAACAUACUAGUUCAUUUGAAAAGCAAGAAUCUUUGUGCAAUGAGAGUCAAGGCACAGAGGCAACAAAAAACACUGCACCACAUGAAGACUAUCAACUGGUGCCACAGAAACAAUCUCAGCAAUCCCAGCAGACAAAACUAGCAACCCGAAAGCUGGUCCGCCAACACAGUGUACAAGUCCCAGAAAUAUUGGUAACAGAGGAUUCCAGCAUGAGCACAGAGAAGUCAGUGGAGCCAGCCCCCAUGUUAAAACACCCAGACAAGCCUGAUGAAUUUCAGUGGCCACAGAGAAGCUCUUCUUUGGCCCAACUCCCAAUUGAAAAACUCCCUCCCAAAAAGAAACGCUUGCGUCUAGCUGAGGUUGCACAGUCCUCAGGAGAAUCCAGUUAUGACUCAGUAUCUCUUCCCCGUAGCCCUAGUCAGGACAGUAGUGCAUCCUAUGCAUCCAGUCGUUCCACGUCGUUUGAGGAAUCAAAUAGAACAGACAUGGAGCCCACAACAUCAUCACCACUGCGGAGAUCGAGAGCCCCUCACAUGCUCAUGGUACCUGGUGUGCAUCAACACAGAGAGAUGAGGCGCUCAGCAUCUGAACAGGCACCUCAUGACCCUCAACCAAGUGUCCUAAUGGCUGAGACUCGCAGUAAGUCUUUUGACUAUAGUUGCCUGUCCCCUGAGCGCACUGCAGUGGGCUGGAGGGAAAGAAGAAAGUGUCUCCUUAUGAGACACACUGCUAUAAAAGAUCCAGAUGAAGAGGAGGAGGACCGCUGUACCUCAUCAAACCAUAGCCCUGAGCAUGUCACAACUAGCACAUCCUCUAAAACAAGCUCAACCUUUGUGUGCAACAGCAGGCCGUCUGGCUCUCCUUUGUCAGGUGACACUCUCUUGUGUUUUUCAGCUAAUUUACAAGGCAAGGAAAUUCUAUCCCAGUGGAAUCUCAGUCAUAAUAUUCAAUUAAAAGACAACACAGAACUCCCACUUAAUCGUGGUCCAUCUGUAGAUACUCUAAGAGAAGAGGCCUCACACAUCCAUUCAGGGGACCAUGGACCAUCAGGGGCAGCCAGAGCUCACUACCUCCCCAUUUCUACAGGGCUGAAGUUAGAGAUUCCUCUGCGACAUGAUGACUAUUCAGACACUCAAGUAAGUCACUCUCUUAGCCAACAUUCUGUCCCUCAUAUCACUUCCAGUCUGGAAUUGCUGAGGCCAAUCACAUCUCCUUCAGUAGCAGUGCGUCUGCAAACUGACACCCUUUCGCCAGCGUGUGCCAUAUACACCACACUGUCUCAGUCCACAUCCCCUAGACCUCAGGAGGCAGUUGAUGCACUCAAUGUAGGCAUUCCAAUGGCUGGGUAUAGAAACCCAAAGGACAUAAUUAAUGACUUUCAGUUGUGGUCUGAUGAGGAUCUGAGGUCAUCAGGGGGGAACAAGCGCAUGCUUUCCCCUUCAAACAGUAUAGAGAUCCCCCCUGAGUCACAACAGCAGCAGAAACGAGUGAAAGAAAGAGCGGAAGAGUGGAAUAAGGCAGCAGUGGGCCCAUGUGAACAGCAACUCAAGCGGGAGAAUCGGUCAUGUCCACCAGGCAUUUGUUCUCCCAUCACACACAUUGGCCCUUCGUUCCCCAGUCUGCUGUCCGGCACCUGUAAUAGCUGGUGCUAUUUGAACUACAUCAAACCAAACCCUUCUACUCUGGAUGCACAGAAGCCCUCGGUCUAUUCCUCCUGGUCCACUAGUAGCUACAAUCCAAACCCUCCUGGCCUUUCCAGCAAAAUGGCUCUGUCUCUGCUGCACUGUAAGCAGAGGCUCAGUCCCUCUAUCUACACUCUAUCCCCCAUGUCAGUCAGGACUUCUGAGUCAUUUGAACAAGAGGAUGACAAAAGACCACGCUCCACUGAGGUCCACAAUAGCCAGUCAUAUCACAGCCACCACGAGGGAACAAGGAAGGAGCAGCUGUCAGCUGAGAAGGAACAGAGGAGGAAAGACGAGGAGGGAGUCAAGUCAUGCUCCAGAAAUAAACAACCUCCUGAAGUGUGGAUCUCUGAGGAGGGAUCAAAUGAGAAGUAUGGCCUCGUGCAUGGUGGAGGGAAGGGUCCGUGUGAGGACUGUGACGCCUCCCGUCCCUAUGACUGCAGUGACUGUAGCAUUGCUGUCAAAGCUGGAGGUGUCUGUGAAAACCAACUACUUCACCCAGAUAAACAAAAGGAUCAGGAGUUCUCUGAUCUGGAGGAAGUUGUACAUGGUGUGGGCAACGUGAAGGACAGGGACUGUGGAUGUGAAGACAGCUGGUCCAAGGACGUUGAAAUCUGUAAUUCUGAGAAAGGCCAGCCAAUGGAGCCCGAACCCAGCCCAUCACUCACACGUCCCCCCAAGGAGUCCACCCAGAAGCCCUCGGCUAGAACCAGAAGGGCAAUGUUUGCCAGCAGACGCCUCAAUGCUUCAGCAUCCGUGUCCUCCAGAGGCCCCCGCUCUCCACAGAGGGAGCCACCCUCACCUCGCAGCCUGUCACCCAGGCCUCGGCUGUCCCCUGCUCCUCCCUCACUCUCCCCAUCCAGUUGUCAUGUCGCCUCCUCCCAGCUGAGACCAGUCUCCCCAGUUAGAAGCCUGUCUCCUGUAAUAGUUCCACCCCAUGGCUCAAACCCCCAUGGACCUCCAGGCUCCCUGGCAGACCAAUCGUCCACAACAAGACUGCCUGUGGAUGAGGGCGCUCUGACCUACCUUGCCCCACAUCUCCCACGGCUUCGGGGAGCCCAUAAUCUCCUGAGUCACCUCCCACUGCACUCCCAGCAGCCCAGCAGGGCCCCGAGUCUCCUCAUUCCCAUCGGGGGGAUUCACAUGAUUCAGCCCAGGUCCACCCUCCCUCUGUACAGCCUGGUGAGCAGCCCCACCGUCUCCAUAGCCUCCACAGCCUCCACAGCCUCCACAGCCUCCACAGCCUCCACAGCUCCCCCCUCAGCUGCUCCAGCUGGCCUCACAGGUAAAUGCACAUCCUGGAGACAGAGCGACGCUUUUAAGGGGAGGUUUUCUAUGCUGCAGCGGCAAGGUACUCUGAAAGAGACGUCGCCUGGCAGCCGAGUCAGCCCUGUGGACCCUGAGGCAUCAGCCGGAACACCCGGGAGCAGCCACGCCAAGAGUCGAGAGUGCAUCAGCCUCGGAUAACAGUCGAGUUCUCGGGAGCAUGGACGCACACGUCGUAGAGGCAUGUUUAUGCUGACACCGCCCAAGGCCAAAAAGAAAAAAAAAAAAGACUCCUUCCUCCCAGACACAACUC